UUCUUGUAAGAUGUUCUAAAUACUGGCAAAACUACUCAAGGUUCAAUAAUGAUGUAUAAUUCACAGAAAACAUAAGGUGAUGGUGAUUGUCUUACAGUAUGUUAAUGUAUGUUAUUUGUCUUUCAGCACUUUCUGCACAGCCAUGGAGGGAGCUGCCAGCAAAUAAUCAGGACAAUCUUGAUUUUGUGAAAUUUUAUAACCCUCGAAAAGAAAACGUCAAACAUCUCAGGAUUCUGCUUCAUGGACCAGCUGGUGCUGCCAAGUCCUGUUUCAUCAACUCUGUUGACAGUAUUUUACAAGAAAGAAGUACCGGUCGAGCUCUGACAGAUGCAAUCUCUGGCAGCAGCUUUACCCAAAAAUACAAAACUUACAAAUUUGAAAAAAACCCUGGGAGUUUCUACUCUUUUGUUUUCAAUGACGUCAUGGGGUUUGAGAAACACGCUAACAGAGGCGUCCGUGUGGAAGACAUCAAACUUGUCCUGAAAGGACAUGUGACAGAAGGUUACAAGUUUGACCCUGAACAUCUACUGACAGAGGACAACCCAGGCUACAAAACAGCUCCCACAGUGGAAGACAGAGUUCACGUUGUGGUUUCUGUUGUUCCUGCCGGCUCAGUAUCUCUAAUAACUGAAGACGUUGUGAGGAAGAUGAGAGACGUCAGACUGGCAGCCAGUGAAAUGGGGAUUCCCCAACUGGCUAUUCUCACCAAAGUUGAUGAAGCCUGUCCAGAGGUCAAAGCAAAUAUUAAACAUAUCUAUAAGAGCAAGUACCUGAAGGAACAGGUUGAAAAAUUCCACUUGUUGCUGGGUAUUCCCCUCAACUGCAUCUUCCUUGUGAAGAAUUAUGAUAAGGAAUUCAAAACAGAUGAUGACAUUUCUGCUCCGAUACUCCUCGCACUAAAGCAGAUGAUUUACUAUGGAGAAGACUAUCUCAACAGCCUGUAGACCUGCAUACUGCUGAAGCAAACAAUGCAUGAUAAAGCUAUUUACGAGCACGUUACGUUUAUAAUAUUCAUUAAAUGUUUGAAAAUCAUGUGUCUGGUUACACUGACAGAACAGUCCAUGGUUUUAUGGUAAAACCUGUGUGUUAUGACUACAUGUCACAGUAAUUGAGCUGCAGCCCACCAAGUACCAGGUUUGUUCCACCACAGAGGUCAUGCUGUAAUCCUUGACUUUCUCCUGUUGUUAUUGAUGAGUUUGAUCAAUUACUCAGCCGACCUCAAUAAGGCAGCCUAAAUUAUGAUACCUAAUUUCUGAGAGCCCAAGAUAUCCGCCAUCACUGGAUAUACUUGUGAGAUUUAUGUGUUGGUCUCUAAACUGUCUUUGCCCUCAUCCACACCUUGUAAGAUACAGAUACAGUUCUUAUUGCACUCCAACUAAAUUACACACUGUAUUUCUGAUUAAUUCUGUUUCUGGUGUAUAUAUUAUAUAUUUUCAUUUUUGUUAUUAUUCAGUGCUGUUUUAUAUGCUGCUGUUUUAUAUUUUUAUUCAGUAUCUGGCCCUGCAGAUCUGCAAUUCUGCAAUUGUGAUUUUCAUUUUUAAUUCCACUGUUAUUCCCAGUCUGCUGUAACAUCACAGUGUACCUCAAAGGAUCAAUAAAGUACAUUUAUGUAUAA